AUGGAAGGGAGAACAGACGAUCCGAUUCCAUUUGAAGCUCUCCCGCUGGACCCUACUGGACCCCAAGGAAAUGCCUGGGGUCGUUUCGGACUAAAUGAUGAGCUCGGCACAUUGAAUUUCCUUACCCCAGAGGCGAUUGUUGAGGCUUCCAAAGAGAUCAAGACAGGUGUGCGCAUAAGCCUUGACUGGCCUCUCAGCAUGCCAUCACAUCCCAGCUUUAAUCGCAAUCCGUUCAAACAAGAGCUAGUUCUUCGAAGUCAUAAUGGAAUUUAUGACGAUAUCUUAACUUUCAACACCCAAGGCUCCAGUCAGUGGGAUGGCUUCAGACAUUAUGCAUAUCAAGGACUACGAAAGUUCUACAACGGCCAUACUAUAGAGGACAUUGAGAGCUCUGAUGUUAUUGGUCUUCAUACUGUGGCUGAGCACGGCGGCAUUACAGGACGAGGCGUGCUGCUUGACUUCGCCGAUUGGGCUUCAUCAAAUUCGGUUUCUGUAUCGUCUUUCUCUUCUGAGCCAGUAACACUCGACAAUCUGAAGCGCAUAAUCAAGGACUAUCAGUUGGAAUUCCGCAAAGGUGAUAUCUUGUUUAUCCGCAGUGGUUUUACUGCUGCAUACAAUCAGUUGAAUGACCAAGAGAGAAAAGAUCUAGCGCAUCGAUCAUCUCCGAACUUUCAAGGAGUUGAAGCAACUGAAAGUAUGCUACGCUGGUUAUGGGAUCACCAGUUUGCCGCUGUCGCUGGCGAUGCACCAAGUUUCGAGCGAGCUCCUAUUCGAGGCAGCCAUAGCGAUCCAAAUUUUGUUCUUCAUGAAUGGCUAUUGGCUGGAUGGGGUACUCCUAUUGGUGAGAUGUUUGAUCUUGAGAGAUUGUCUGCGUAUUGCAAGGCUACUCGAAGAUAUAGCUUCUUCUUGUCUAGCAUGCCACUCAAGGUUGUUGGAGGGGUAGCUAGCCCGCCGAAUGCAUUUGCGAUUUUCUAA